AGAGAGUAGCACUCCUCUUUGGCUUCGUAUUCCUGAACAUUUUUGAUCUCGGUGCUUUUGUGUACUUUAUUUUCCUUUCUGUUGUGCAAAUCGAAAUACAGCACUGAUCGUACCGUCACACAGACAAACACACUUUUGUAUCGUUUUCUUCUACUUCAAACGCCCCCAAUGCCGCAAUUUGCGUCCACAGAGGCUCUUACCCGCUUUGUCGAAGGCCAGUCUCACCACGAGCGAUGCAGGACGCUACUCGACGUCGGCCGCACCAGCGUGCUCGCCAAACCCCCCGACUCCACUACCGCACAGCACAUCAUCUGUGAACUCGCCCAGCCUUCGCAGGUGCACUACCACCGUCUACUGUCCGCCUACGCCCUGCGCGGUGCUUUUGCCGAGGCGAAGUUGAAGGCCACAGCGGUACAAGAAGAUCUCUGGAAGGCGGCGCUCUCCUUGCUGGACGACCCGUCGUUGAAGGUAGCGCAGAUCGUCAUGACACCGCUGUUGACGGCCGCUGCUCGUCCCUCGUCUGAGACUUCUUCCGCCUCCUUCUCCCCCUCCUCCUUCUUGCUUUCCGCGCCGCUACCGCAGUUCAAGUCGUUUGUGUCGAAGCUGCGCCAGUGUGGUCAGCAGGCGCUGCUCGUGCAGCUCUACGCAUCCAAGACCGUGGCGGACCCCGCAAAGCAGCAGUACCUUCUCGGCCACCUGUCACCGGCUGAUUUUGAGAAGCUGUCCGAAGAAGAUCAGGCCUCGCUCGACAGCGCCGCCCUCCGACUCCUCUGCCGCUUCCACGGUGCGUGGGUGGCGUCGUACUUAACGCGACGGGUCGAGGCGGUUGCCGCAGCGACGACGACGCCGACGGUGGAUGCGCUGCUGCGGCGCCAUGUGACACAAGCCUUUCACCAUCUCGCGUCCAACGGCGGUGCGACGCACGCGCUGGCCCUCUUUAUCGCCACCGCCCACCUUCUCGGACUUGCCCAGGGUGAAUUACUACAGCUGCUGUCUCAUCAUUUCAUGCGCCUUUACCCAGUGGAGGUGGGCACCUACUUACUGGACGGUGCGGGCCGCACGAUGCUGGCGUCGUUUCAGCGCCGCAUGGAGCUUCGUCUCACUCGUCACUCCGCCGGCCGCCUGAAGGGGCAAACAGACCUCAUUUUACGCAUGAUGGAGCACGGCAUCCUCUGUGCUAUCCAGUCGGAUCCCGAGUUCCUGCCCCGUGAGGUUCGGCAGCGCCUCUACGACACGCAACGCAGCUCCAUGACAACGGACAACGGUGUACUCCGCGAGAACUACAUGAGGCGCCUGCCGCGGGAAGAGGACCGCGUGGCGGAGGCGCGGGUCAACUACGCCCAUCGCGCCUUACAGGACGACCCGUACGGGCGUCUGUCGUACCUUUCCUUUGUGCCGUUUCCAGAGGCGGUGCAGCUCGGUGCGGCGUACAUCGCCAGCAACGACGCCGGUCUCCGCGCGGCGGCUGUGACGUCCCUGCUGCAGUCCCUGCGGUACUUCCCCGAGCACGUCGACGCGGCCCUGGACUUCUGCCUACGGCGGACGAAAGAGCAAGACCCGUGGAAGACGACGAUGUACGAUGCGUGGAGCGCUCUCCCGCGCGGGUUCUGGCGACACACACGUGCCUACCUCCCCGACGCAACACUGCUGGAGAAGCUUCAGCAGCUGUUGGAUGCCACCUACAGCGCUAAGGACUUGUCACAAGGCACGCUGAACAGUGUGCAGGAGCUGCUGUGCGGCCUGGUUGGCCCGCAUCCCGACUUUGCGCUUCCCCGGCUGCUUCAACUGAUCAGCAAAUGGAAGGAGUUCACUUCGGCGCUGAACGGCACGAAACCGUUUGGGUAUGUGGCGCUGCUGUACCCACAGGUGAUUCCGCGUGUGGUCACGGAGCUGCUCCGUGUUGCACAGAAAAGCUUGCAUGACAACAAGUACUUCGCGUAUGUGAACAUCAUGGAGGUGUUUCUGUCGAAAAGUCGAAAGCACGUUCCGCAUGUGCUGCCGCUGCGCCUUCACCACCAUCAAGAAAACGGCAGCGGGCAGCAAGCAACAAUGCAGGCGAGUGUGAAGGCUGCCCUCCACGCUGGCAUGAACUCCACCAGCGACUACGCUGCCGGCAGGGCCUUCGACCUGUACUACCGCAACUUCCCCGCGGAGGCAGUGGCUGGUCUUCCUUCGCUGCUGGAGACGAACCUCGACUGGGUAACGCGAGAGGCGGUGCAGACCAUCGUGUGCAACCUCACGCAAGGCCCGUUGCUGGAUCGCCUGGUGACUCCGCUGUGCAACAUCCCGACAGGCCGCUUCUACGAAACGGAGGAUGCGACACGGGCGUACAUCUGCCACCUCCCGCUCUCCUACGCGUAUCGCUGGACCGCCCACCAGCAGCGGACGUACGCGCAGGCAAUUCUGAAGGUCAUCUACGGCAAGAGCAACAUCAAUAUCUUUUCCGGACGCGACUUCGUCACGGCGUUGGCGCGACUGCCGUCGGUGUCAUCGUCCACCGCAUGGACAAGUUCCGAAGGAGUGUCGUACAGCCUGCUAACGCUGGCCACCGAGCAGCACCCGGAGCACGGCGAUUACCUGAAAGGGUUCGCCUUGCAAGCACUGGGGCUACUCGUCGGGGAUGCCGCGGCGGUCACGGCGCUGCAGGCGGCGCUGGAGGUGCCGGAUACCCGCAUUGACGCGUUGCGCGCGCUGACACGGACGCUGCGAUGCGCCUCCAGCGCGGAGGCGGUGCGCGUGUUGGAGCCGCUCCUCACCGGCAAGCAGGUCACGGCACAGAAGGAGGCCCUCUACCUCCUCGGCUCCAAGCGGGAUGAGGUGGCCUACCGUCGUCUGGUGCGCUUUGCGGCGGAGCGUCAGCUACCGAUGCCAGAGGAGGAUGCGGAGGGCAACGCCAUCCACAGGGCAGCUGGAGAGGAGGAAGAGGAGAAGGGAGUGAAAUCCAUCAACACAGCGAGCGACAGCACCGCCGCAGCACCAGUGGCGAUGCACCGGGACGUGCGCACCGCCCUCGUCACGACGCUCUUCCACUAUCUCAGCAAGCCACAAGUUUGGGCCUAUUAUGACCGGCUUCUCGCGCGGGACUGCAGCGGUGCAGAAGCGAUGCAGAACGACAAUGAGGGGGCCGCAGCGGUGAAGGAAGACAGCGCCUCUGAGGAGGAAGAGGCAGACGUGGCGAAAGAGGGAGAAGGAAAAGGAAAAGGAGAAGAAAUGGACGAGAAGCCGUGUGCAUCGGCGGCCGCCUGCGAAGCGAUGACGACCUUGCCAUGGAUCAACCUCCGUCUUCCGUGGCAACUCGCUCGCUACCAAGCCCUCCUCACCGGGCUGCUGCGUCACCCAAAGCGCGACGUCAGCGUUGCCGCGCUGAACAAACUCGCCACGGUGCCCCCGUACACCAACAUGGAGCUGUGCCGAGCGGCAGCGGCCUACCUGGACGACUGCACCAACCCACGCCUCGUGCGAUCGGCGCUGCAGUGCAUGAUGCGCUGCACCGCGGAGGACUCCAUUCCUUACGUCGUCUCGGUCAUUCUCCGCACACCGGCCGACCCGUCCCUGCAGACCAUCGCGGACGUCUUCGCCUCCCUCACGAGCCAGGCCGAUCCCGCUAUGAAGCCUCGCUUCUACCGCGUUAUCGAAGGCGUCGCCACGAAACUCACCGCUGCCCACCGGCAGCCAACGCUCAUUGUGCGGUUUAUCGCCGCGUUACCGUCGGCGCAGUUUGUGGCGCAGCUGAUGGCAGCUGAAAGCGCUGGGAUCCUUCACACAGGGGCGGCCUACGCAGCGGUGGCGUCCGUGCGUAACAGUGAGAGUCUCUUGCGAGAUCUAACGGAAGCGGAGGCGUUUGAGUUGUCGACGCUCCGUCGGCACCCGUCGGCGUUGCUGCGACGCAUGGGAUUGGAGGUGGUGCUCCAGGUACGCAGUCGAAAAGGUUGGACCGAUUCCCGACGAGCGGCGGUGGUGGCGUAUCAGCACGACAGCGACUUGUGGGUGUCUUCGGAUGCGCUGGUGGUGCGCAUGACGUAA